GAAAAAUCGCUUCCUUAAAUUUUGACAUCCGAUUAGAAAACACCCUGCAUACGAAGUAGAGGAAGUGAAAUACUGACCACACGACUAUAUAGGGUUAAAGUACUAAAAGCUUUUGCAAGCUACGCCAAUGACCAUAUAUCUGACCUAAAGAUCUUUCUCAAUUACAAACAGCAUUCAUGUGAUAUCAUUAUCUAGUCUUUUAGGAAAGUUGUGUAGUGAUACAUGUACAUAUAUUAAAAAUGGAAUGUAUUAAGAUAAUCUAUUUGGUGCUUGCAUUUAUUGCCGUUUCCGAGUCAGCUCCAGCUGUCCCAGUCGAUUUAGUUCCAAGUGAAAAUGUAGACCAAUAUGCUGAGGAUAUGAAACAUCGCUACUAUAUUGGUUUGGAAUGUCUGCAAAAUACACGUGCUAACAUUCAGUCUAUAACGAAGUCGAUCCAGUCGCCUUUGAACCCCACUCAAGAUGAUAAGUACAAGGACUUUCUGACAUGUAGCUUCAAGAAGCAAGGCUUUCAAGCAUCGAAUGGCAAGAUGCAGUUUGACCAUCUCAAAGAUUUCUUAUCAAGGUAUUAUACCAUGAAUGACUUGAAAGUUAUAGAGGAAUGCAAAUCUGUGAUGGCUAAAACCCAUGGAGAGAUAGCCUUCGAAUCUAUGAAGUGCAUCAUGAGGAAAUUAGUUAAUCUAGUAGAAAAGGGAGAUGAUAAUAAUGACAUAUAGUUGAACAUUGUCAUGAAGUAUAAAGAAAUAUUGGAUAUUAGGGAUAAAGAAAUAAAAAUGCUAUAAUCGUACGAUCAAUAUAAUUAUAAUUAUAAAAAUACUUGUACAAAGCACUCACAUAUUAAUGGUAGAACAUAUAUAAGAGUGGUACUAUAAAAUAAAUCUACCUAGCCAUGAAACAAAAGACGUAAGAUUUAUUUGAUAAUUUUAGUUUUCAAUAUAUACAUCAAUGCACUUGCACUACUUUUCCUCCAAUGAUCCUUA